UGUGAAGUGUCUUGGGAGACGUGCGACCGAAAGUAGACCUGUUCUUUCUCGCUAGUCUGUUGGAAGCGCAGCGGCGGCCGCCCUCCCCUGUUGGGAAGAAGAGCUUAUCCACCCUUUGGCACUGAAGCUAUUUAGAUUUAUUGUUGAGGUUCGGCUGUUCUGGCUCUCUUGUUAGCCGGCUAUCUAGCACAGCAAUACUUACCGAUGCCUACGCCAAAAGUAAUUGGGAUUGACCUUGGCACGACUUACUGCUCUGUUGGUGUCUUUCUUCCUGGAACAGGGGAGGUGAAGGUUAUUGCAGAUGAAAACGGGCACAGCAGCAUACCGAGUAUAGUCUCUUUCACAGACAGAGAUGUGUACGUUGGAUAUGAUGGCCUAGAACUGGCUGAUUCAAAUCCUCAGAACACCAUAUAUGAUGCAAAAAGAUUCAUUGGGAAAAUCUUUACUUCAGAAGAGCUGAAAAGCGAAAGUAGCAGGUAUCCCUUUAAGAUUUUCAACAACAAUGGAUCAGCUGAAUUUUCUGUGACAACUAAUGAAACCUUUCGCAUCACCCCAGAGCAUAUUGGCUCUCAGCUGCUACUGAAAUUGAAGAGAAUGGCAGAAGACUAUCUUGGCAUACCCAUUUUGAAGGCAGUCAUCUCUGUGCCAGCAGAGUUUGAUGAAAGGCAAAGGAAUUCUACCAUUAAGGCAGCUAACCUUGCAGGGCUAAACAUUUUGCGAGUAAUCAAUGAACCCACAGCUGCAGCUAUGGCUUAUGGACUCCACAAAGCUGAUGUGUUUAAUGUUCUGGUGGUGGAUUUGGGUGGAGGAACUUUGGAUGUGUCUCUCUUGAACAAACAGGGAGGGAUGUUCCUCACUCGAGCCAUGGCAGGUAACAACAAGCUUGGCGGACAGGAUUUUAAUCAGAGGUUGAUGCUGUAUUUAUAUGAUCAGCUCCAUCAAAUGUAUGGUUCUCUGCCAACAAGAAAAGAAGAAAUACAUCGCCUCAGACAGGCUGUGGAAGCAGUUAAAUUAAAUCUGACCGUUCAUGAGGCAGCUACACUAAGGGUGGUGUUGACUAUGCCAAAAAGAGAGCUUACAGAAGAACUUCCAGAAAGUGGGGCAAAAACAAACACUGUGCUAAAAGGCAAGCCUUCACAAAACACAAAAGAUCUGAAAAAUCUUGGAGAGACUUCAAAAAUAGAGAACAACUUUGACAAAGUUGUGUUUGAAACAGAAAUCUCUAGGAAGCUAUUUGAGAUGUUAAAUGAGGACCUUUUUGGGAAGAUUCUUGUGCCCAUUGAGCAAGUGUUGAAGGAAGGCCACCUACACAAAGCAGAAGUGGAUGAAAUUGUGUUAGUUGGAGGUUCUACCCGGAUUCCUCGAAUACGCAGAGUUAUUCAGGAUUUCUUUGGAAAAGAACCUAACACCUCUGUAGAUCCUGAUCUAGCAGUUGUAAUGGGCGUAGCUAUCCAAGCAGGAAUUGUUGGUGGGUCCUGGCCUCUUCAAGUCAGUGCUAUAGAAAUUCCUAAUAAGCAUUUACGGAAGACUAAUUUUAACUGAAAAGAAGUUCUUCCCCAUUGCGUUCCACCUCCUCAAAAGUGUACCCUGAUGGUGCAUACUUACCUGACUGGCAGGGAAGCCUAAUCUUAGCUGUAUUAUAUUAAUUUUUUAUCUAUUCUAGUUAGGUGUUACCAAACACUGAACUGUGUUAAGGCUAGAUGUUACUUUAAAGGUACAAAUGAGGUUUUGGUUUUGUUUUUUGGUUUUUUUUUUUUUGAAGUUCUGAAGUAUCCUGUAUGUGCUUGUAGACUGGAUAUUGGAUGGAAAUGCUCGUGAUGACACACCCACAUUUUCUUGCUAAAUUUUAUUAGCAAAUCCUUAAGAGCUGUAUGUUGGAAAUAUGAAGGGAGUGUGACCAAAGGUUAGAGAUAAUGUAGUAUGGUACUGUAGGUGUUCCUAGGUCCAAUAUAUUUACUUUGAAAGAAUGUGAAGCAGUGUUAAUGCACUUAGCACUAACAGUGUUAAGCUUAAAUUUAUUAAAUUGAGUCAUUUGAGCAUUUAAGCAGCUUUCUAAAAGGCAUGUUGCAGCUUGAAUGAGAGGCAUUCACGUGAUUCUUCUGCUGUUCAUAACAGCAUAAUGGUAUUACUGAGGCUACAUGGCAAAUUGUCUCAUGUUCUAGCCAAACCAUGUUAAAAUGCAGAGUUCCUUAGUGUGUCUCCAAGGGCUUACUUCCUGAUCUAGUUUUGAUGGUUCACAUACAGGUGCUGCUGUCAUACCACUGAUGUUCUCCACAGAGAACAAGGGCAUAUUGCCAACUAUCUAUACCUCCUGCCGCCUUAUUUGAAAACUGCAGUAAUUUUGUGUAUCUUAAAGCCACACGUAUAUAUCUUCCCCUGAAUUUGACCAACACGAAUUUCAAUGUUGCGUGUCUACAAGUGUGUGAUGUCUUUCCCCUGGAGUACCCCAAGCUGUACUGUUCUCAGGGAGAAAGCGUGGGACAGAAGGGACUGUCUGGAUGAAGUCUAGUUCCUGGAGUCCUAGUAAAUGAAAAUUCACACAACUGUUUUGUACUUUUUAGCUUCUAUUUCUGGUUUAAGUUUUGUCCUAUCCCCAGCUAAACUGAACAUAGAUCAGAGAUUGUAGCCCUUCUUUUGGGAAGGAAGCAAUGUGUGUAACUCAGGAUUUGAGGUAGCACAUAGGACUUUAAUAGUUUGCUACAUAGCUAUCUGGCACAAAUGCAUGAGAAGGAAAAAAUUAAUAAUCUGAAAAAAAAAAAAUGGUGACAGUCCUGUUCUCUUUGGAGUGUUAAAUCAAUACUUAAAGGCCAGUUAAAAUCUUUUAUCUGUGUAGAACUUUCUACAAUGAGAACACUUCAUUCAGCUAAGACUGGCUUCAACAUCCAUCAACUCAGUCUUAAUCAGAUAAGCUGUAGUAACAGGUGGUUCUAAGCAUUUUCUUGUAUUCUCCAGAAUAAUUUUGUUUGCGUUAAGCUUGCCAAGAUAAAGUGUGGGGCUUAGAUUUAUUGUCUAACCUAUGACUAUAUUAAAAUAGGUUUAUUAUUAUCUUGGCAGUAGGUCUGAUUUAUGGCAGUGCUAUAAAUCAGUUGUGCUGAUUCAGCUGUUUGGAUAGCUAUUGUCUAAACAUAUCUUUGAAGUAAUCCAAUUAAAAAACCUCUUAAAUUGAAUCAUAGCUGCACACAAACAUUCCAUCAGCAUUGUUUAACUUCACAGAGGAUUCCCAAAAUACUGCUAACAUCUGUUUAAUUUCCCCGAGUUGAAAACCAAAGUGACUUUUUUUAUUCAAGGUUUUUUUUCCUUUGUACCUCUUUGAAAGUGACCCUGUCUAAGUCUGUAUGGAACUUUCAAUAACUAAAACUCCUGCACUGAAAGAAGUGCCUCUUCAGUGAAAUCAUGUACGAAUGCCAAUAUACAGUACGGUUCCUGUAUGCAGUUGCUAUUUGAGGCCUUUUCUUUGCAGAUAUAAAUGUAUGUACUUAAUUCAACAUAUAUUCCAGUGUCUUUGGAGUCAUUGCGGCCUUUCCUUCUGCCCUACUGUAAAUUCAUCUCCAAGUCUGUUGGAGUUACAGUAGGUCUUCAGUCUUAAUUUUUUUCAUGCACUGUGUAAAGUGAGCAGACCUGUAUAAAAACAACCACAUCACAGUGAAGUUAAACUAUUAAAAGCUUUUUGCAAUUUUGGGACAAGUUAAGAGUGUAAGAGUAACUUUUAACUGUUAAACUCUCAGUGCAGAUAAAUGAAGUACUUUUUCUUUUGCAUACUCCUUCACUCUGGAGGAGUUAAAUUUCUGCCAGUGUUAAUCUGGGAAUUGUAAGGGAAGGGUGAGCUGUUUACUUGUUAAAAAAAAUCACAAAGGGGUAUUUAUUCAGAUUUCUAUACAGACUUUUAAGAAGUUACUGUCUCUCACAAUGCAUCUUUAUUUAUUAAAUAAUUUUUCUGAAUUCUGAAAUCAAGUUAUUUAUUUUGUAUCUUUUUAUUUUAAUACUGUAUUUUGGCACAAACCAGUGAAUUUUAAAGAUAAGUCCACUGUAUUUACUAGAUAUUUCCAGAUAUGCACGUGUUGCUUACCAAAAGUCUCUCUUUAAACAUAUUGGUAUUUGUAGAAAGGUUUCAGCCUUCAAACAGUCCUUGAAAUCUGAGUAUGAUUGCCUGUGGUGUUCAGUGUGUAACAAAUUUAUACAGCUAAAGCUUGUUUUCUGAUUUGAAAUUCUGAAGGUAUAAGAUGUCUUACCAACUGUAUGUUCCUGAAUUGUUUCCAAGUGCAGAUGAUGAAAUGUAUUUUAUAAAUAACCUUUUAGAAUGUUUUUAAUAAACGCAAUUUCUGUUCCUU